CACUUUUCCAGCUAACCAGAUAAUAAAGGUUCAACGGCGUCGUUUUCGUUCCCUCGGUUUGCCGAUUGCCUCUGCAAACGCGCCAACGGCUACCUUUUUCUUUCUCCGGCGAAAAUGGCGGAGAUGGAGCAGCCGAAGAAAGUUGCAGAUAGGUAUCUCAAGCAAGAGGUCCUCGGGCAAGGCACUUACGGAGUCGUCUUCAAAGCCACUGACACUAAGACGGGAGAAACAGUAGCAAUAAAGAAGAUAAGGAUUGGUAAACACAAGGAAGGUGUAAACAUCACUGCUCUCAGGGAAAUCAAAAUGCUGAAAGAGCUAAAGCAUCCCCAUAUUAUCCUCUUGAUUGAUGCGUUUCCUCACAAGCAGAACUUGCAUCUUGUGUUUGAGUUCAUGGAGACUGACCUCGAAGGUGUCAUCCGGGAUUCCAACGUAUUCCUCUCACCUGCCGAUGUUAAAUCUUACCUUCUGAUGACACUUAAAGGACUUGCUUAUUGCCACGAGAAACGGGUUUUGCACAGGGAUAUGAAGCCAAAUAACUUGUUGAUUGGACCUGAUGGACAGCUGAAACUUGCAGAUUUUGGGUUAGCACGUAUAUUUGGUAGUCCAGAUCGUAAGUUUACCCACCAGGUGUUUGCUAGAUGGUACAGAGCACCAGAACUUUUGUUUGGUGCAAAACAAUAUGGCGCUGCAGUUGAUGUAUGGGCUGCUGGCUGCAUAUUUGCCGAACUUCUGCUGCGCCGACCAUUUCUUCAGGGAAACAGCGAUAUCGAUCAACUAAGCAAAAUAUUUGCUGCCUUUGGGACACCAAAAGCGGACCAGUGGCCUGACAUGAAAAACCUUCCUGAUUACGUAGAGUAUCAAUUUGUCCCCGCACCUUCUCUACGUUCUUUAUUCCCAACAGUUAGUGAAGAUGCUCUCGAUUUGUUGUCCAAGAUGUUUACCUAUGACCCAAAGGCUAGAAUUUCCAUUAAGCAGGCUCUAGAACACAGGUACUUUACUUUUGCACCUUCUCCUACUGACCCUGCCAAGCUCCCGAAGCCAGUUCGCAAGCAGGAAACCAAAGCCUCUUACGGUAAACAUGAGGCGAUUAAAGGGAUAUCACCACCACGUAAGAUUAGAAGAGUAAUGCCUGAGCAUGGGAGGCCUGAUGGUAUGAAGUCUCACGUUGACAAGGAUCAACAAGCACCCAUGUCAUUAGAUUUUACCGUCCUCGCUGAGCGUCCUCCAAACCGACCUACAAUCACCAGUGCCGAUAGAUCUCAUCUGAAGAGGAAGCUCGACCUUGACUUCCAAUAGAAAAGUUCUUGCCUCGUUCUCUUCCCUUCCUUCAGUUUCACUUUCACACUCUAGUGAGAGCACAACAUUGUUAGAUUGUCAUUUUUAUUCUUUUUCCCCUUAUUCACCAAUGAUAAUACUUCGUAGCCCACUUUCUUUAUUCAAUGUAAACUGACAUCAUGUACUAUAUAAAUUACAAAGCUGUCUGUUUUUGCUUC